AUGGUGAUCGUAAACUGCUUCUUCGUCGUCGAAGGGUGUGUGAUCUCUAUCUCAAUUGACGAGGGGAUGACGAUAGGCAUCUUAAAGCAAGCGAUCAAGGACGCGAAGCCCAAUGACCUCAAGGAUCUCGAUGCUCACAAGCUGGAGCUCUUCCCAGCGAAGACGGAGGAAGGGGACAAGUGGAUGACUCGUGAAGAGGCGAAAGCAGGGAGGAUCCCUGUUCACGUGCUGGUGGUGGUCCCGGGGACGAUUCAAUUUGCGUAUCGAGCUCCCAAGUGUUUGGUUACUACGGAGGGGGCGCAGUGGGAUUUCCAGAAUCCGCUGGAUGGCACAAAGGUUGCAGAAGCUAAGAAGCACCCUUUGUUUGUGUGUCUGGGGGCACCGGGGACCGGGAAGUCCAGAGUACUGGACGAGUUCCCUACGCUGAUGCAAGAACGCAUCUUUGACGAGAGGACGCAGGAUUCAGAGAUCACGACACUUUUGAAGAGCGCCUUCACUUUCAAGCUCCAGGAUGCUAUGCUGUGGCAAGAAUUUGCUGAAGAUAGAUCGCGUCAUCAAGGGCCUGCGCAAGUACUGUCGAUGCUGUCGACGAUAACUGGUACCGGAAGCAGGACUUCAGAGUUUUAUUCGGCUUUGGACGCUUUGAGUGACAUUGUUAACGCGGCCAAGUGUUGGGUGAUCGCUAUCUGCUCAGCAACAAUCUACAGCCCAGUGAACGAGUUUCUUGCUGGAUCGUCGCAGUGGAGAUACAAAGUUCCGACCGCCAUUCUCUCUCGUCCGCGGGUGCAGAAUGUUGACGUAUUCGCGGGGUUUGAUGGCGACGAGCUGAUACAACUCUUGAUUGAAGAUAUGGGCGGCCAUGGCAGAGCUGUGGAAACUUUGUAUAAUGUGAUGACUUCCAGAGAAAAAGCAAACCAGUCGAUGGAGUUUGUACCUCUCGUUAGUGAUGUAUUAACCGCUUUGCGAUCGCAAUACCCUGUGAUUGAAAUCGAAGUUUCGAGUAUGAGAGAAGCAUUCCUGGCGGUCAUCGCACGGCGUCAAGUUGAUGAGCGUUCUCGCUUUGGGGCGUUAAGUCUGGAUGGUGUGAUCUCGACUGGGUUAAUUCGGCUAGAGGAAGACUGUCUAACGUGCCCAUAUGUGCUAUAUCUGCUGUUGAACUCCAAUGAGUACCGUGGAGAAGACGGCGAAGAUGUGAAACCUUGGCAAGCGUGGGAGCUUUGCGACCACAAGUACCGUGUUCUGAAAUCGGUUGCAUGGUCGGGGGAGGAAGAGGUGCACUGGAGACAGCUUCAUUUUGGAGCUCGUUUUGGUAGUGGCUGCGAUCGACUCGUGCGUGAACGUCGACCACGCAUGUACACACCAUCUGCCAAGAGGAUGCGGACAGAUAAUGUUUGCAUCGAAGGAAACGAUCCCGGACGACAGAUUGUCUAUCAGCCCGUGGCCGAAUCCUCUCUUGGCUAUGCGUCGACGUAUUUGGAAGAUGUGGACAACCAAGGUGCCACUAUCCAAGAGGUUCGUCACUGCAAAUGCAUUGAAGGGGACAUCUCAUUGGAAACCAUCCAGAAGGAAAAAGCAAGAGUGGCUGGCCCCAACGAUUUGUUCCUACUCUUCUGCACUGGGGAAGUGCAAGGCGAUAUUUCAUUGCUGGAGAACCGUGCUGUCGUCGACAGCACGUGCUGGAAGGAGUAUUACGGUCCAUUUGCUGCUCGCGCUUUGUUUUUGGGCACAGUUCCUCCACCCUGUCUUAACACGAGUUCAGCGUCAAAGCUAGAGCUCGUGGUGGGUAUGGAUCCUCGAGUUGCGCGAAGAUCGAAGAACAUCGUCCAUUCUCAAGCUACGAAGACGCCCAUGUGA